CUUCUCUAUUCUAUUUUGUACUUUUGGUCUCACUUUAAAAGAUCAUAUAUAUAUAGCAAUAGAGAUUUUUUUUGCAGAGAAAACAAUAUGUUGGAAGGUCUUGUCUGUCAAGAAAGCUUGGAUAUGUCUGUACUUGAAAGGCUUAAAUGGCUGCAACAGCAACAACAUCAACUACAACAUGUUGUGUCUCAGAGCAGUAAUAAUUCACCUGAGCUUCUUCAACAGAUACUUCAGUUACAUGGAAGCAACAAUGAUGAGUUGUUGCAGGGUGGUUUCAGCCAAUUUCAAAUGAUUGGAUCUGGUUUUGGACCAAACUAUAACAUGGGUUAUGUUCCUUCACAUGAAGCUAUGGAUGGCUGCAUUUCAAGAACAAGCAGCUGCCAGAUGGAUCCAGUGGAUGCGAUGGAUGUUUUGUUGAAGAAUGGUGAAGAAGACAAACCCAUUUCCUUGAAGAACAAGCGAAAAGCAGAGGUUAAGACAAGGGAAGAGGAAAAGACAGAGAAGAAGAUCAAAGUAGAGGCUGAAACAGAGUCAAGCAUGAAAGGAAAACCAAACAUGAGAAACACAGAGGCAUCUUCAAAGGAGACAUUGAAGGAAGUUUCAGAGAUUCCGAAAUUAGAUUAUAUCCACGUGAGAGCUCGUCGAGGCCAAGCCACUGACAGACACAGCUUAGCAGAAAGGGCAAGAAGAGAAAAGAUUAGCAAGAAGAUGAAAUAUCUGCAAGAUAUUGUUCCUGGAUGCAACAAGGUCACUGGCAAAGCUGGUAUGCUUGAUGAGAUCAUCAAUUAUGUUCAAUGUCUCCAGAGACAAGUCGAGUUCUUGUCGAUGAAACUAGCAGUCUUGAACCCAGAACUCGAGCUUGCCAUGGAAGAUGCAUCUGUUAAACAGUUUCAGGCUUACUUUACAAAUGUAGUUGGUUCAUCAAAACACUCCAUAAUGGUAGAUGUGCCAUUGUUUCCUUUAGACCAGCAAGGAUCUCUAGAUUUAUCUGCGAUAAACCCGAACCAAGCAACAUCUAUCGAAGCUCCAUCUGCAAGCUGGGAAACUCAGUCACAGAGUCACUACAACACAUCUAGCCUCGGUUUUCAAUACUAAAGAAAGAUUCAUUGAAACAACAAAAUUUACAUCAAUCAAUCAUCAAGAUCAGAAUCAGAUUCCAUUACAAUUGGUCAUCAAAGUAGCAAUCUCGCAAAUUGGUUAAAUGCAUUAUCCCUUUUUGAUCUUUGUUUUCUGAUAUUUAAAAACCAGAAGAACUGGAGAUAGCAAUCCAAUAUUGGUCUUGUCACCAUCAAUCUUUGUGUAUACAAUAUAAAAUAUAUAGAGAAAGAUAGAAAAAAAAAAAAUAUGUUUUAGAGGAUUUAUAGAUAUG